AAAUGUAAAACCAGAAUGGAGCCUGCAGUCACACAGUAUGAUGGAAACAGUGGUAAAGAUCUUGUCUCUCCUCCCCUACAACCUACAAACUGCUUUCCAUUUGCUGACUUCCUUCAUCAGCAUAGAAAAGCCCGAACCAGAGUACAGCAACACAUACGUUACUGCAGAGCACAAGGCAAAAGAAAUUACAACCAAAAUCUAACAGUCAGAAGAAUGGAUCCCAGCCAGUCCUUCAGUCAGCCUCCAGAAGCCUGCAAUUCAUCUGAGAAAUCAGCGAUGUUGCAGCCUAUUGCAAAACCACCAGUAUACCAGGACCAUUUUGCUGGAUACCUUCCUUCUUUUCCAGGACAGUCUGUGGUCGCUGUGCAGCCUGCAGUUUUUGUGCCCAAUCCUCCACUGGCCAAUCCAGUGCCACUGACCAGUCCAAUGCCAGAGUACACUUGCUAUUCUAUCUUUACCUUGCUGUGCUGCUGUUUACCUCUGGGCACUGCUGCACUGGUUUACUCCCUAACUACUCGAACUGCCAACUACUCAGGACACCAAGAAUUAGCAAAGAAGAACUCCAAAAUGUCACUCAUCCUGAAUCAUGUCGGCGUUGCUGUUGGCAUUGUUUUAUGGGUUUUGUUUUUUAUUUUUGAAUUUGAGUUCAAUAUAAAAAAAGAUCCUUAAAUGAUACAAUGAAGCAAAUGCACAUAUUUUAGAGGUGCAGGAUAGGGUAAAGAACUUAUAAUUGCACACUCACUUAACCAUUUUAUUAUUUUGACUUUACCUUGACAACAUCUUGUUGCCUAUAAAAUUUUUAUAA